AUGGUGGAACCACUAGAUGGAGAUCUGGAAGAUGAUGAAGAGCUGCUUUGGGAACAUUUUGGAAAAGAUAUUUUGAAUGAGUUCCCCAAGUGGAGACAGAAACAAGAAGAAGCCAUUAAACAGCUCCGCGCCCUAGCAGACGAGGUGGACACCACCCAUGAGAUAACCAGCAAGGUCAACAUAGUGGCCACCUCUGCUGCCAUCCUCUCUGGGUUCCUGAGCCUUGCGGGGAUUGCCCUCGCCCCAGUAACCGCAGGAGGAAGCCUGGGGCUUACAGCUGCUAGCCAAACUUUGGGGGCAGCAGCUGGAAUCACCAGUGCUGUGACCCACCUGAUAGAACAUUCCGUCAAUAAAAAGGUCAAAGCCCAAGCCCACCUCCUGCAGCCCUCCAGGGAGCCAGAGCUGGAGCAGGUGGAUGGCAAGGAAUCGGCCGGUCUCACAGCUCUUACUGAGAUCCUCUCCAAGGUCGGAGAAACCAUCCGCGUUCUCAAGAGGAACAAGCAAGCCUACCGGGCAGCCAGAGCCAAGCCAAGGUUGGCCAAGGCUGCCAAGGAUCUUAUAAAAGGUGGCCGAGUGUCAACCCGAACCAGCAGGCAUGUGCAAAGGGCCUUCGAGGGCACGCCACUGGCAAUGACAAAAACGUCUCUCUUGAAGGGAGGUGGAGCGGCCGCCCUCUUCCUUCUCUGGGAUUUAUACAAUUUCUCCGAGGAUUGGAAGAAACUGAAGGAUGGAGACAGGGCACAGCUGGCAGAGGAUCUAAGGGACUUGGCGCAGGAGCUGGAAGAGGAGGUGAUAAGAUACAGCCACUGCUUUGAGCGGCUGCGGCAGGUGAGCUCAGGAUUUUGGAAGGGUGAGGAGGGGCAUCGACCCAAAUCCAUGGAAACCAAGGUUGGGCAGAAAGGUUUAAGGGACUACCUGUGUAGUAGUGAUGUUUGGCCUGAGGACGUAGCACAUGGUGGCCCUGAAGGCCCAAACAGUAUCAAGUAA